GGAUUGCUUUCUGAGGCUGACUGCUGAACCAGGUGCAGACCCUUCACUCAGCCACCAGGUUGAACUGCUUCUCCUACAGAAGUGACCCUGUGGCCCUGACCUGAGAUAAGUCACUAGGUGACCCCCGCAAGCCUCUUUCUAUGACUCCAUCUGGAUUUGGCUGGCUGUGGGGACAAGCUUCAAGAGACUGCCUGGGUCUCCGUGGGACAGCAGUCAACUUUCUGGCUAUCAUGGCAAUUGCUGGGAACUGAAGGCGCGGACUCCAGCCUCCACACAGGCACACAGUUGACUGGGUGUCUCCUUCCUCUGCGCACUACCCAGUGUCUCCACGGCUCCAGGACAGGAUGGACAACAAAGCCAUGUACAUGCACACCGUCAAUGACCGGGACAGCGGCUCCAUCUUCGAGGAGCCCUUUGACGGCAGGAGCCUGUCCAAGCUGAACCUAUGCGAGGAUGGUCCAUGUCACAAACGAAAGGUGGGUGGCUGCUGUACCCAGCUGGGCUCCCUGUCAGCACUGAAGCAUGCAGUCCUGGGGCUCUACCUUCUGGUCUUCCUGAUUCUUGUGGGUAUCUUCAUCUUAGCAGUGUCCAGGCCUCGAAGUUCCCCCGAUGACUUGAAAGCGCUGACUCGGAAUGUGAACCAGCUGAAUGAGAGCUUCCGGGACAUGCAGCUCCGGCUGCUGCAGGCUCCGCUGCAGACGGACCUGACGGAACAAGUGUGGAAGGUUCAGGAUGCGCUGCAGAACCAGACAGACUCGCUCUUGGCCCUGGCGGGCUUGGUGCAGCGUCUGGAGGGUACGCUGUGGGGGCUACACGCGCAGGCGGCACAGACCGAGCAGGCGGUGGCCCUGCUGCGUGACCGCACAGGACAGCAGAGUGACUCUGCGCAGUUGGAACUCUACCAGCUGCAGGUGGAGAGCAAUCGCAGCCAGCUGCUGCUGCAGCAGCACAAGGGCCUGUUGGAUGGGCUGGCGCACAGGGUUGGCGUCCUGAGCGAGGAGCUGGCUGAUGUAGGUGGGGCACUGCGUGGCCUCAACCACAGCCUGUCCUACGACGUGGCCCUGCACAGCACGCGGCUGCAGGACCUGCAGGUACUGGUGAGCAAUGCCAGCGCCGACACACGCCGCAUGAGGCUGGUGCACAUGGACAUGGAGAUGCAACUUAAGCAAGAGCUGGCCAUGCUCAACGUAGUGACGGAGGACCUGCGUCUCAAGGACUGGGAACACUCCAUUGCCUUGAGGAACAUCACCCUUGCCAAAGGACCACCAGGACCCAAAGGUGACCAGGGCAAUGAAGGAAAGGAGGGAAAGCCAGGUACUCCUGGAUUCCCAGGACUGCGAGGUCUGCCUGGAGAGAGAGGUACCCCAGGACUGCCUGGCCCCAAGGGUGAUGAUGGGAAGUUAGGGGCCACAGGUCCCAUGGGCCUGCGCGGAUUCAAAGGUGACCGAGGCCCAAAGGGAGAGAAAGGAGAGAGAGGAGAGAUAAAUGCAGAUGGUGUGGAUUUCACAAUGAUUCGCCUGGUGAAUGGCUCUGGACCACACGAGGGCCGAGUGGAGGUGUUCCAUGAGCGUCGCUGGGGCACGGUGUGCGACGACGGCUGGGACAGGAAGGAUGGGACUGUCGUGUGCCGCAUGCUGGGCUUCCAUGGCGUUGAGGACGUGUACCGGACAGCUCGCUUUGGGCAAGGCACAGGGAAGAUUUGGAUGGACGACGUGAACUGCAAGGGGACCGAGCACUCCAUCUUCCACUGCCAGUUUGCCAAAUGGGGAGUGACAAACUGUGGGCACGCCGAGGAUGCUGGGGUGACGUGUACCACCUUCUGAAAGUGGGUGCAGCCCAAGGCCAGCGCCCUGCUGCGACCACACUCCUGUGUCUCUGGGGAGGUAGGAGGAUUGCUUGGAGCCACCUGACCGUGGUUCAUGACCAGUUCAGCACUAUCCCCAACCCUGCUGCCAGCCGGCCCUACUCUGGUUCCAAGGCAACCUGCUGUCACUGUUCUUCCAGACGACUGCUCCAAAGUACUCAGCGGGACCUACGUUCUGUCUUUCCUUUCCACUGGGGUUUCUACAUGGGGGGCGCUAGUCAGCUGAACCACCAGUAUGCUCAGCUAUCUGAAGACUAUUCACGGGCCUAGCGAAUCUGUGUUAUAGAUGGUCUCUUGGUUACAGAUGCAUGCUGAUAUGAUGUCACAGGCAAGAGCUGCAAUGGAGGUGGGAGGGGUUAUGGGUCAUUGGCUUUGCAGGUAAUUCCUUAAUUCCAGAGUUUCACCAUCCACCUCCCCUGCAUGUGAAACCCUUACUGACUCUGUUUCCCCUCUUUUCCUCUGUCUCUUCACACUCUAUGUUAAUUUGAGGAAGGGGCAGAGAAAACAUAAGAAAAUUCCAGCUACCAGAAGAAGCCAGAAACCCGGCUGGAGCCAGGAAGAGAGGGAGUGACUGCUGUGCUGUGCUACGUUGUAUCUUGGGUGCUGACAUCACUGAACCACUUUGCUGUGUUAAUACAAGGCAAUCAGGGCAGGACCCUGCCUCCAGGUAGUGCUCACCUGGCCCAUUCAUCUGGCCUCCAAGUUAGAAGACCAGGGAUGAUCAAGACUAAGACAAGGUUCCCCCAUGAACCUUGGUGUACCCUUAUUAGGCCUGAGCAACAAGCUUGGGCUGUAGACAUUGGUUAUUGGAAAGUUGUGUACUCCAGAUCUUAUAGCAAGUACGUAUAAGAUCAGACAGGAUGGGGGGCUAGGGAAUAGCAAUUGAAGGCAGACCUGUCUGGCUAUAGCAGGGCCACAGACACAGUCACGUAUCCCAUGAGGUGAGCGUUAUCUUGCUGGGAGUGAGGAAGACCUAGGUACCCCCAGGUACAGUUCUCCCGAGAGAUCCUGGCUGGCCACUAAGCCUAUAUGUGAUCUUGAUCAUUCUUGCUUGCAAGCUGCAUUACUCACUACUGUCCUCAUGAUCUGACCAACUGUUAUGUUUACAUAACAUGCAUGUACUCAUGCAUCUUCUUCCAGAGCCGAUGUAUGUAUGCCUGUAUAGCGUGGCGCUCCUUAUCACAUAGCUCAGCACAUCACAAUGGUUAUGUUUUAAAAGAUAUACUAAAGGUUGUUGUCUUUAUUUAGAAAAAAAAGAUAUUUUAAAAGUGCAUAAAUAUCACUUUGAUAAUUCCGGGAAAGAGCCCAGCUACCCAACUGGUGAAGACUUAGGUAACUUUCUCACUUGGUCUUUACAUGGGGGGGGGGACACACAAGUUUGGUUUUAUAUCUAUAAAAGAGAUGUUGAAAAGUAUUUUAACCAUAAAAAUAAAAGUCGAAUAGUUUACAGACCUACCUAUGAGGGCAUGGAAAUGACCGUGGACUGUAUUUCAGGGACUAAUGGAAACUAGGCCUAAAAUACUUCAGACCUUUUGUAAGAAAGAAUUUCAAUAAA